CCAUCCUGGGUUCUUCUUCUUCGUAGAAAUCUCUCCUAAACACCUAUUUUCUCUCUCAAGAACCACCCCUGUCAGCAACCAAGAUUCUUCGUUUUCCUUUCUUUACAAUGGAAUUUACAACUACUCUGCUGUUAUGGUUCCAUUUCUUUCUCUUUUUCAACUUCAUUUUUCUCUCGCUUUCCGUUCCUUUCUCGCCUGCAAAGAGUAUCACUCUCUAUGGAGAUGCUAGGUUUAGAAACAAUUCCAUUACUCUCACUCAAGAACAGAAUUGCUCUGUCUCUAACUCUUCUUCUAAUUCUGGGGUUGGAAGAGCUCUCUAUCGAUAUCCAAUUAGGUUUGUUGAUCCAAAAACCAAAAAGAUUGCAUCUUUCUCCAUCCAAUUCUCCUUCUCCAUAAUCCCAUCUCCAACAUGCUCUUUUGGUGACGGUAUAGCAUUCUUGAUCACUUCUAAUCCCAAAUCUUUUAGCCUCUAUAAUGGGUACAUGGGUCUUCCCGCAGGAAGGGCCUUAAAUCCAAAAGAUUCAUUCUUUGCUGUUGAAUUUGAUACAAGUCAUGAUCGUUCCCUUUUUGAUAUCAACAAUAAUCAUAUUGGAAUUGAUGUCAAUAAUACAGUUGUAUCUUUUGCUUCUGUUGAUGUUGUAUCAGAAGGGAUUGAUCUUAGAAGUGGGAGAAAGAUCAAUUCUUGGAUUGAGUACAUAGAUUCUGAUAAGUUGAUUCAGGUUUGGGUUAAUUACUUGAAAAUUAAGCCUCCAAAGCCUAUUAUUGUGUCUAAAGUUGAUCUUUCUGAGUACUUUAAGGAGUUUAUGCAUGUUGGUUUCUCUGCUUCUAAUGGGGAAGGCUCUGCUGUUCAUGUAAUUGAUUAUUGGCGAUUCAAUACUACUUUGAAUACAACUGAAGAAUAUGUUUGUUUCGUGGAUUCUGCGGAGGCUCCAAAUAAUAAUGAUGACCCAAUUGUUUUUCAUGAUAGAACAGCAGAGACUUUGGUGUUGGCUAUGGCUUGUUUAGUUGCAUAUGCAUUCGCCAUAACUGUCAUUUACUUUGUAAUAAGGCAAAAGAAGUGUAAUCUUGGCAAAAGAAAUCAAGAAGAUCAAAUUCCCAUAGCGCAACGAGGACUAAAAAGAUUUUCAAUUGAAGACAUAAUGAUAGCUACAGUGGGGUUUUCUCCUGAUAAAAUUAUUAGAGAAGGAGGUUCAGCUACAAUGUAUAGGGGGUUUUUUCGAGAUCUAGGAACUUUUGCAGUUAAGAGGUUCCAACUUGCAGAUUGGUUUCGCCACCAAUCCAUUUCUAAGUUUGCAACAAUGGCCUAUUACUUAAGACACAAUAACUUGGUUCAGCUUCGAGGGUGGUGCUAUGAGGAAGAAGAAUUAGUCUUUGUCUAUGAAUACUUACGUAAUGGCAAUCUUGACGGAAUCCUUCAUAAUAAUACGAGUUCUCCGAUUGUCCUCUCAUGGAAGCAUAGGCUAAAUAUAGUUCUUGGAGUUGCUUCUGCUCUUUCGUAUCUACACGAAGAAUGCGAGGAAGUGUUAAUUCAUGGAGAUGUGAGAACCAGCGGCAUAUUUCUUGAUGAAAAAUUCAAUGCCAAACUUGGAGAUUUUGGUGUAGCAUACAUCUACAAACAUUGUCCAGUUACAUUUGAAAAAACGGGAUAUAGUGCUCCUGAAUAUCUUGAUUUUGGUAUUCCUUCUGUUAAAACUGAUGUUUACAGCUUUGGUGUGGUUGUGCUAGAGGUUGCCACAGGAAAAAAGCCUAUUGAAGAUGAUGGUACUAUGCUUGUUGAUUGGGUACGGAGGUUAUUAUACCAAGGAAAACUUCUUCAGGCUGCUGAUUCAAAAUUAGAAGGGAAGUUUGAUGAACUGGAGAUGGAAAGGUUGCUAGGUGUAGGAAUUGAUUGUGUGCAUCCACAUCCGCAGUUUAGGCCAAAAGUUAGAGAAGCCGUUAAUAUUCUUAUAGGCCAAGCAACAAAUCCUGACGGUCCGGAUACCAAUGAAGGGUCAUGGGUGUCUCCGAGUAGCCAUUUCAGCAGUGGGACAAGCAGAGAAAUUUGAAUGCAUGAAAGAGAUUACAAUCUGAUUUUGCGAAGAAAAUAAAAGUUGCUCCUUUUGUAAAUUGUUAGUCUUUUGUCAUUUUUUUUUUUUUUUGGUUCUUCAAGUUGGUUUUCUUUUUCAAGACAGUUUAUAAAAUGAUGGGGAUAGUUUUGAGAUGUUCUUGAAGGAUACCUGAUGAGAAAUG